CUGGAGGCUCGCAUACACAAGCAGGACGCGCGCCUCAUCGACGCCAUCAACCGCCACCAGCAGAACUGGACGGCCAAGUUCUAUCCGCAGUUCGAGGGGCUGAGCCUGGCGCAGAUUUUCCGGUAUAGAGGUGGUCAAAAAGUUCGGCAUUCGCUCCGCAAGGUGCGGAACCAUGAAAGCUCCAUGGAGACGCGUCUGCGCGUCUCCAUGCUCCCAAAGUCGUUCGACUGGCGCAACGUCUCCGGUAUAAACUAUGUCAGGCCUGUGAAGAACCAAGGCAACUGCGGGUCAUGCUACGCCUUCGCCAGCAUAGGAGUGAUCGAGUCGCAGCUCUUGCUCAGGAGUCAGGGCAGCGAGAACCUCGACCUCAGCGCCGAGGAUAUUGUCGGCUGCUCCCGCCUCUCCCAGGGCUGCGAUGGGGGCUUCCCCUACCUCAUUGCUGGCAGGUACGGCCAGGACAUGGGACUCGUGAGCGAGAAGUGCAUCCCUUAUGACAAUGUCGGAGGAGCCUGCGACCACAAGCGCGACAGCUGCAGGAAGAUCUACACUACAGAAUAUAGAUACGUUGGAGGAUACUUCGGAGCCUGCAAUGAGGAUGAGAUGUUGUUGGCAUUGGUCGAGAACGGCCCUCUGGCGGUCGGCAUCGAAGUGCAGGACGAUUUCAUGCAGUACAGCGGCGGCAUCUACCACCACACGGGACUCACCAGUGCAUUCAAUCCGCUGGAGGAGACGAACCAUGCCGUGCUGCUGGUGGGUUACGGCCAGAACAAGCAAGGCGAGAAGUACUGGAUCAUCCAGAACUCGUGGGGCACCUCCUGGGGAGUGGACGGCUACGUCUUCAUGAGACGCGGCACCGACGAAAUUGCCGUCGAGUCAAUGGCUGUCCAAGCCAUCGCUUACCCUUAGAUGCUCAUGCUCAGGCGACCGUCUUUGAAAUUACUUAAAACAGAAGCACGAUUAGUUAAUGGAAGAAAUGCUUUCUGAUAGAACCUAGCAGUUACGAGCUUGAUGGUAUCUUCCAAAUUAAACAUUAUUUCCUUUAAAACCUGGUGAGAGGGUCGAAAUCUAAUUCAACUUUUCUAGCAAAAAUAUUUUUUAAUCUUA